AUGGCUCCGGGAGCUCUCGUCGGAUCUGAUAGCCCUCUUCUGGCUCCCGUCUCUGGAAAGCUUGAUGCUGCUCCCACACUUUACGGCGGAAUCAAUGAAAAGGAGCUCCGGGAAAAGUCUGAAGCUUAUUUGGCCAACUAUGGCACCAAAUUCCAUGACGACGUAAUUAUUGGUUCUCGGGGAAUGUACAUUUACACAGCGUCUGGCCACAAAAUUCUUGACUGGACAUCCGGCCAAAUGUCUUGUCUCCUGGGCCACGGACAUCCCGAAAUCGUCAAAACCGUCGUCGACCAUGCCAUGUACCUCGACCAUCUCUUCUCUGGAAUGGUUUCACCUCCUGUUAUUAGCCUGGGAGAGCGUCUUUGCAAGGCUCUCCCCAAAGGCCUGGACAAGACCUUCUUCCUCUCCACCGGCGGUGAGAGCAACGAGGCCGCCAUCAAAAUGGCAAAGAUGUACACUGGAAAAUGGGAAAUUGUCGGUCUUGGAGCUUCCUGGCACGGGAUGACUGCACAAGCUUUGGGAGCUCAAUACCACUAUGGUCGCAAGGGCCAGGGCCCAACCCUCCCAGGCCAGCUCAUGCUUCCCUCUCCCAACGCCUACCGCUCUGAGUUCCGGAAGCCUGAUGGCUCUUAUGACUGGGAGGCUGAGCUCAACUAUGGCUGGCGCAUGGUUGACUUGCAGUCCACUGGUAACCUUGCUGCGUGCAUCGUGGAGUGCAUCCAGAGCUCUGGAGGCAUGAUUGUUCUGCCUCCGGGGUACCUCAAGGCUAUGAAGAAGCACUGUGAAGCAAGAGGCAUGCUUCUCAUUGUCGACGAAGCUCAGACUGGCGUUGGGCGAUGCGGCGACUUCAUGGCUAUUAAUCACGAGGAUGUUGUGCCUGAUAUCCUAACCCUGUCCAAGACAUUGGGCAACGGUCUUCCUCUCAGCGCAGUUGUCACCAGCGAAGAGAUUGACCGUGUUUGCAACGAAAGAGGCUUCAUGUUUUACACCACCCACGUCAACGACCCUCUUCCCGCUGCCGUCGGCGAUAAAGUCCUCGAGAUUGUGUUCCGAGACAACCUCGUCCAGCACGCCCGAGAAGUAGGCAAAGUCCUCCAAGCUGGCCUCUUGAAGCUAAAAUCACGAUACGGCUGCAUUGGCGAUGUCCGCGGCCGCGGCCUCAUGGCCGGUGUUGAGAUUGUCGCCAACAGAGAAACCAAGGAGCCGGGCCUGGAGCUGGCCAAGAGGGUUGGCGAUACGGCGUACAACUUGGGCGUGUGGGCCAACUUGAGCAGUCACCCGAGCUUUGGAGGCACUUUUCGAAUUGCACCGCCGAUUACUGUGACGGCAGAGCAGAUUGAGCAAGGGCUGGCGAUGUUGGAGAGGGCGUUUGCGGAGACUGAGGGGACGAUGCCGCUGUAUUAGCUGGGGAGGCAUUGAAGGAAGAAUACAAUAUAAGAGAGGGAAGUUGAGGGAAGGUUGGGUUUAAUGUUUAUGUAUAUGAUAAGUGUUUUUUCUUAUGUUGGCGCAUUAAUUAUGAGCGGUUUGGUAUCGAGGGGACUAUUAGAGAGAUGGAAAUAUAUUCUAGAAGAUUACUUGGUAGACUUGUCUUGGGAUUAUGAAAUUGUUCUUUGGAGGUCAUUUUGAGUACU